ACAUCGAAGAAUCUAUCCACGAGGACAAUGCUUGUCUCAGUCCCGCUUUGGCUGCGAUCUUUGGUAUCACGGACUACAAGCUCAAGCUCGAAGCCGAAGUCUCUGAGACAGAUGCAUAUGCCGUGCUCAAUCUGGUUCAUUCGGUCGCCAGCGCAAGCCACGGGAGCGCACACACCGAGGAGACGGCUGUCUUCCACCGUCGUGCUCAGCGACUGGUUCGCAUCCUCUCAGAUUUCGUGGGGAUUCUCCCAGAGGAACUUGCAGUCCACGGGAUGACCCUGCUCCAACACCAUCCCAUCACAGCUGGCGGGUUCGCGUUCGUGUACCAGGGCAAAUGCCUCGAUGCGGCGGGUGCGCCAGUCCAGGUCGCGCUGAAAGUGCUCAAAAUCACGGAGGCGCAG